GCUUGAUGUCUAGUUCACAUUUGAGUUGCCUCUUAAGAAAUCAACAUUUCAAUAUACCUUAAACGCCAUUUUUGAUUCUUGCCGCGGCAGCGUGCGAUCGUCCCGAUAGCGAACGAUACAUCUCUUCUGUGCAAAUAUGGUUGCAGGAGUAAAAACCAGAAUACAAGAACACUUUUGAAAAUUUUGAACGAUGACAUCGUGAAUGACUUUGCAGCAUGUAAUAUUAAGCUUCACGCAUUGUAUUUGAUAUGAUUGCGAACUUCGCUAGAAGACGACCAUCAUCAGCAUUAUCUUACGUGGAAUGAUAGCAAAACAAAACGAAAAACGAUCAAUAUGUGAAUAAGAAGAAGAAAGACAUAAAGCGUUCCUCAGAUCGAUUAUAUGUUGGCAAAACUACUGGUAUACGUAUACCACUGAUUGUGAUUUCCAAAAUCUUCAAUCUUUUCCCAUAAACCAUAUCUAUAAACCGACCCGGCGAAAUAAAAACAGCAUUCUACUUCAAAAUGUCGAAGAAGUCAACCAUCUCGAUGAGCCCUGGUCUCACAUUGAAGACCCGCGGCUUAUCACCAUCUUAUCGGACGAAGGCGAGAUCAUUCAGCUGCCUCCGCAAAGUCCUCUUCGCAACAAUUUGUUCCCUCCCAGCCGGCGCGGUCAGUGUGCAGCUGCGUCGCGCUAGCAGCUCCCAAGAUGCCAGUGCGCGGGUCCUCGUGGAGCAGCAACGGCCAUCAACAGGAGGGGCAGCAUCUCCCUUUCAACAGCCGCAAGUAGAGGACUAUCAGCACAGAGGUCCACAUCCUGCACCAGUUUUUGACCAAACAACGAGCCCUCACCACCUAUCCGCGGCGCACCUUCGGCUUCACGACGCGCACCAAACACAACUGCACAACUCUACAACUGCUCAACAGCAAUAUAUUCUGCAGCAACAAGCGGAACAACUUCUAGCUCAAGUUGUCCCGGCGGGCAACAUGGAGCACGCGAUCCAAUUUAUCCGGCAGCUCGAGUUUACGAUGCAACACCUGCAACCCGGACAAACCAAGGAGUACGCGUUGUUACUGCAGAAACUAACCGACAUGCGCCAGCAAGUGCAUCAGUACUAUGAACAGCAGCGCGACCACGAGGAACGCUACAGACAAAUCGCCCUGCAGCAGGCCGCCGCAGCAGCCGCUAACCAGGUCGGAGGACGAGUGGAGAACACCAGACUGGAGCCGAUGCAAUCGUGGGGGGCCUCCUCGUCCUCCGCACAUCAGGGUCUUGAAAAUCAUGCUGCUUUGUAUCAAGAUCAACAUCAACAUGCUACAAGUUCCCCCUCCCGCUCACCGCAAAUCGCUCCUACAGGGUCGCCUGGUGCUUCCCCGUCCUGCACUUUCAUCCCGGCCGACACCGGGGGCACGGGCGGCACGAGCUCUGUUGCUGGUUUUUCGCCUCUUUUAUCCCAGACGGUGAGCGCCACGCCCUCGCCACAGAUCACCGCUACUCUACCGCCCGGUGCUCCACCCGGCCUGGAGAGCAUGGGAGGUGGUGGUGGACCAUCAACUGCUACACCUAGUGGAGCUGCUGCUUUUGAUGCACCCCAUCAAAUGCUUCUGCCGCCCAAUCUCACGCUGCAGCAGCAGCAGCAGUACUGUGCGGACGCAGCCGCGGCGGCCCCUCUGUUUGCGGCUGCAGUAGCCGCAGCUGGAGCUGCUGGUGAACAACAACCACUAGCAACUGCUGGCAUCACUAGUGGUACGCCAACAGCUCAUGCGCAAGUGAAGGCGAAGCAGCAGGGCGACUAUGACUACACCCCAGACCCCAACCUUGCACUUGCGCACAUUGACGGCGCAGCGAAGGUCUACGUCUGUGUCUGUGCUGACAAUGAUCCAAAAGAAGAACUACAAGGAGGUGCAGCUACUGGUAACAAUGUUGUCACUGAAAACGUGCAACAUACCGACAACAGUCAGCCUAGCAAGGUACUGGAACAACUUUUCUCGGCCUCGUCUGCACCGGUCAUGGGCGCCUCUCCUGGCCAACAUUCGUCGGAGUAUCAGGGGCAGCUGGUGCACGACGAAGCUGGUGUCACAGCCCCUUCUACAAGUGGGGUUGUCAUGGUUCACGAAACACUGUCGCUGGAGCAAGUGGAGCAGCGCAUGCGUGCGCAGCAACAGGAACAGCAGCAAAAGCAACAGCAACAGCAGCAGUUCGCGCAACAGGCAGAAAAGCGGCGGCAAGAAUUUAAUGAGGCGAUUCAAAAAGCGCGCAGUUGGUGGCAGGAACACCAGGAGAAGGAAAAGGAACUGCAAGCGCAGCAAACAAGCGGAAAGGAAAGUAAAGUAUCCGACGCCGCUUUGAACGAAAGAUUCAAACAGGCCUACGCCAACAGUCUGAGCCGGCAAAUGGCUCUGGGGAUGGAAGUGAUCGCAAAUAAUGCCGAUGCUCCGGUCGCGGUGUCUUCCUCCGCUUCCACUGCAGCAGCCGGACCAGGUUUGAUUUCUGGUACAGGAACUACAAAUUCCGUCGUGCACGAGCAGUUGAAGCAGCAUCAUGGAAACCACCUUUUUGGAGUCCUCGACAAUCAGGUGGAACACCAGCAACAACCGGAACCACCGACCUCUCCGUCCUCGCUCAACGCCGCUGCGACACAGUUCACGCCGGGACAAUCCUAUCACUCCUCCGUCCCGGGGCCUCCGCCUGCACAUAUGUAUCACGCAGCGACGCCCGCCCCGGGAGCAGGUGCUAGUACUGCCACUAGCAGUGGCGUUGGGUUGUCGCAUCUUCAUCAUGCUCAACACCUCCCUCAGCCGCCCCAACAUGCUCCUUCAGUGCCGUUCCUGAGCGGUAUCAAGGGAGCCGGUUCGAUGAAUGCACCUGCCCCGACCUCCGCACCGUCUUCGCCACUACGCGCUUCCGCUGCGCCCUACCCGGGAACAGCUGCUGCUUCCCGCGCCUCGCCCUAUCCGGCGGUGCAACAACAUCAAAUGAUAACGAAUGUAGGGUCUUUGGCCCCGAUCGGGCAGCACCACUUGACGCUGCCGCCGAAGGAUGAGGACAUGCCGGGUAAAAAUAAGGGUGGGCAGAGCCAAUUCAAACGACCGUUCGAGCUGGUGGAGGAGGAGCAGGAGGUCGUCGAGGCAUCCCCGUCAAGGUGGAACCUUAUGCUUUGCAAAUUUAGAUGUGUCUGGGUCUGGAAAGAAGCAAACUUCUGAUGCGGAUUCUGAAACGACGAAAAACAAAAAUCUGUGUUGCAGAGUCAGCAAAACAUGUGCCGCCUCCAGUGGAUGGUAUUUUGUCUCCAGGGAAGGUAUAAUCUCUCAUGCAAACUAGGAAUGGAGAGGCUCCUGCGGAAUUCGUCACGCUCUUCUUUGUUUUCCAGCCCUUCGCGCAGAUGCAAAAACCGCAUGAAAAGUGGCUGGCUUGUUCCAGACCCAGACAUAUUUGCAUUCGAUAAAGGUCAACGCCUUCAUGGCUGGGCCAGAUGUCGCAGGUUCGUGGUUUGACUUUUUUAUCUCCCGUAAGAGAUUAUGAUUGGUGGUUUAUUUUUCAGGGUCGCCGCAUGACAGACUUUGGGUUUGCGAUUUUUGAUAGCAAAACUCUCACAACUUUUUCUCCUCGUCGUGUUUCCGUUCCAAUCCCCAUCCACAGAUAAAGACUGCGAAACCAAAAACAGAUCUCGUCAAGAAAUCCAGCACGGCUUCUACUGCGCCUCUUCAGCCACAAGGACAAGAGAUCUGGCACGGAACAACCGGUGUUCCGCCCAGCCAGGUACUUGUACACCCCGCCAAAGCGGAAGCCGACAAAGCCAACGAUUCUUGGUGGACCGGCUCCGAGGCAAAUCCCUGGGGAGCAGGGUCCUCGCCACAUCGACGCAAAACCAGCGAUAACCUUACCGUUGCCACAACGGCAAGUAACAGCACCGGGGAAGUUCUAACUGGAGGACCUACUCGUGCUCAUCAUGGAACAUCUUCUGUUGCCCCUGCUGCAACGGCACAACCUGAUCGGCUACCAAAAAUGGGGCAGGAAGUAGAUCACGAGGAUCCGGGCAGUGGUCUGUUUUAUCGCGACGGCAUCAUAAAUCCUGAAUACUAUGAAACUUUUGAAGAAGAUGGACGAGAUGACGAAGAGGCGCCGAUAGAAUGGGCAGAUUGGCACCAAGAGGAUGAGGAGUCGGAACUGCAGCAAGUAGUAGACCCUGCUCUGCAGGCCGGUGCUGUUGACCUUGUUCCUUGGCAGACUCGAGAGCCGAAAGACUGGCGACAGAAAGCGCAGCGGGAAUCGGCACAGCCCUCUUUGGUAUAGAAAUUUGAUCCGAGAAGUGCUGGCUCAGUGUGAUUUUUAGAGUUUGUUGAUGCAUGCACAUGAUCAUCUUCAUCAAAUACAAAUGACUUCUCGAUAGUAUGAUCCUCUUCUCGAUCGCAAAAAAAAAAAAAACAGAACAGGGAAGUACGAGAUGCGAACGAGUAGACACCUCAAAAUAUUUUGACAAUGUGGAUGUCGCUCUUUUUGACCAUGGUGCAGCACUUUCCGCAUUUAACACCACCAGCAAGGGUACAAGCAGUUCUAUUCCAGCAGCAAGACAAAAAGAAUUCCUACUUCCUGUUGUUCCUGCAUUGAUGUCUUCAUCAGAUCAGAAAACAAGUACUUCCUCCAAACAAAUCAUAAGCACAACAACGACGACCGGUAUUGAGCACAGGGUACACAAUCGCCCUAGCGCUGGCGGCACCAGUUCCUCUUCUAACACGCGGAGCAAUUUCAAUUUGCUCUCUUCAUCGCAUCACCCGACGCAUUUCUAUUGUCCAACACAAACAAUCGACACUGCUGCUAUUGGUGGCUCCGGUUGUUGUAACUACGCAUCAAAAUCAAAAACAAUGACCGGUGACAUGGAAGCACAGGAGCGGGAAAUGAAGGCCGAUAUUUUGUGUCGAUUGCUAGCGGAACGCGAAGAUCGUAGUGUGCUGCAUUCAUCAUGGAGAUUAUAAGCGUCCGGAGUCACGUGGUUUUCAAUCGAUCGUGAACGAAGGCGACCCUUCAGGUAAAUUUAUCUCAUUUUUGCACGUAGCUUCAUUCUGAGUCUGAAAAGAUCAUAAAACGCCUGCAAACCAGAAUUCCAGAGAACAUCCAAUCAGUUUUUCUUGUACUAAGUGCCAGUAUGUGCAUGUGAUCUGAGGCGAAAUACGAAUACCCCAGGUACGAUAUUCCUCUUUCGUCCGGAGCGUGUGUUGCAAGGUGCUUCUAGCCGCCAUGCCGCAGGUCCGGCCAGAGGCACAGCAUGGAGCGUCGUGUGGAUCUGGUUCAGGUUCUGCUGAUGUUGAGUCUACAGGCACUGUAAAAAUCUUAAAACGAUUUUUGUACACGACUCUUAAUGAACUACGACGAGCGCCUGCCGUUAGAUCAGAAUGAGAAAUGUGAUACAAGUACAACGAUGAAAAUAAGAAUAGAAAAAAAUCAAACCAUACGCUGUAGAUGAAGCAAGGCAACCAUAAAAACUUGUGAACAAUAAUACUACAUUGUUUUCCACGAAAUUUUUGCAAAAAUAUAGAUUAGAUGUCGCUAAGCACUUCGGAUCCACAUUAAUUAUGCCGUACUGGAAAAUACCGUAAUGAAGUCGCUUGCUUGUCUUCAAGCUCGUGGUUGAUGGAACAACAGCUCUAUUGAUGAGCGACAUACAUCUUCAGUAGCUGCUGUUUACUGAAGGCGCAGGAGCUCGGUCUGAUUGAAUACUUUUGAAGAUGUUUUUCGAAGAUGAAUUCAAUCGCAUUGUGGUUGAUGGCAUUGGUUGAU